CGAACCCCGCCCUUGCUGAUUACAGCCCCAGCUGCAGCAACAAAACGAUGUUCCCAGAGGCUUCUCCUGGCUGGUCUGAGCUGCUGUCCUCUGCAGUUACCUUGCGUGUGGCAGUACCUUUUUGAACUUAGUCUUAAAAAUGAAUCCAGUUGUUUUGCAGCCAAGAUAUGGCGCAGGAGGUGCGACGGUUAGUGACUGGCAAACCGGCGUGUUUGACUGCUGUGAUGACGUGGGGAUUUGCCUCUGUGGGACUUUCUUGCCCCUGUGCCUUUCAUGUCAGAUUGCCUCUGACAUGGACGAAUGCUGCCUGUGUGGAGCAAGUGUCGCCAUGAGGACCAUGUAUCGGACCCGAUACGGCAUCCCGGGGUCUAUUUGUAAUGAUUACCUAUGUCUGGCAUGUUUUCCUUUUUGCACCCUUUGUCAACUCAAGCGAGAUAUUGAAAAAAGAAGAGCAAUGAAUGCUUUGUAAAAGAUGUACGGUCAAAUUCACUAGUAGUGAAAGAAAAUGCUGGAAUGAAAUACUGCAUCUAUUCAGUGCUAUCUCACCUCAAGCCUUAAGAAACUAAUUCAGCUAAUCAUAUGGUUUCAAAUGGCUUCAAAACAUUUUUAAUUUUUGGUUUAUUUUGAAAUAUAUUUCCACUGCUGUUCUCUGAGAUGAAUGCCAUUAAAAAAUUCAUUU